AUGCCAUUGUUUGAUUUUGGCUGUUCGGAUUUUAAAGAGGAAUUUAAGCAAACAUCUGAUAUGGCUGUACAUAUCAAUAACAAACUAGCAUGGGAUAUCAUCAGGUGGUACCACAACUUCGCCGCUGCUAAGGCAUUUAUGAGAGCUGCGCAAGCGUACACUAUGGAUGGUUAUCGUAGGGCUAUGUUAGAAGUCAAAAAGUAUAAGGGUGCAACCUUAAAACAGUUGUUGGCAUUCCUCAAGUCUGAUAGCCUUGAUCAUCUUAAUUCAGUUAGUUCUCAACUGAUUGAUUCUUUUGAUCAAUCCCGGAUUGAUGGAGGACCCAAAAUAUCGAUUGCCAAUGGUGUUUGGGUGGAGAACACUUGCUCUUCAAAACCUUCUUUCAAGGAAGUUGCUAGUUCGGUCUAUAGGGCAGGAGCUGAGGCCGUGGAUUUCCAAAAUAAGGCCAAAGAAAUUACGGAUAUGGUGAAUAAAUGGGUUGAAAAUGAAACAAAUGGACUCAUUCAAAAUCUCAUCCCUGGUGAUGCGAUCAGAGAAGAUACAUCCCUUGUACUUGUAAAUGCACUCUACUUCAAAGGAUCUUGGAAGAAAAAAUUUGAUCCAUCAAAAACAAUUCACUCUAACUUUUAUCUCAGCUAUAAAAUCUCUUCAUCGGUUAUGGUCCCUUUCAUGACGGACAACAAAGAAAUCAUUUUGUUUCUUGUUAUCCCGGUUUCAAAGUUUCAUGGAGUCGGAGAAGAUGAACGAGAGGUAGGAAUUUCCCAGCUAGUUUCUGAAGAUCCAAAGGUUAGCAUCGCAAAGCCGUCUUCAUCAAAGCCAAUUGUAGGAAUUGGUAUGAAAUUGGGUAUGAAACCCAAUGGUACAGAAUUCCCACCUCUAAAAGCUAAUCGUGAAGAAAUGGUUAGCGAUCUUGCAAAAAAUCACGUUGAUCCAGUUAUAGAAGAUGUCGACGAGCAUGUUAUGCAGCGGUCUUUACCGUUUCUUCAAUAG